AUGGCUUCGGACUUGGACAUCCACCGAUUGGAAUUUGGCGCCAAAACGGGCAACUGCAUCGCUGUUCUGCGACCCGGAUAUCGAAAUUCGAAGAAAGCUACCGAUGUCAACAUACGCUUGAUCAGAUUGGAUGAACUUUGGGAGAAGUACGGCGAGACGUUGGUGGAAAUCAAGUGCCAUGAAGAUUACACCGCUGAAGAUGAGACCUACAACGAGCAGCGUCUACUCUACAGCAGCCGCUACUACCGAUCGAAGUCAUCCCUCACGGACAAGGCAACGGAACUGCAAGGUACACCAGAGCUGAACCAGUCAACGCGUGCCAACGAUUCAACCCUGCAUGGCGCGCUGGACCAUGUGCGCCUGCCGCAGAUUAAGCUGCAGACUUUCAACGGCGACAUCGACGAGUGGAUUAGUUUCCGGGAUUUAUUCACGUCUCUGAUCCACUGGAGAACUGAUCUUCCAGAAGUAGAAAAACUUCAUUAUUUAAAGGGGUGUCUUCAAGGGGAACCAAAGGCGUUGAUCGAUCCUUUGAAAAUUACGCAGGCCAAUUAUCAAAUCGCGUGGGACACUCUUUUAAAACGCUAUAACAAUAGCAAACAGCUCAAGAAAAGACAGGUUCAAUCGUUGUUUAGUCUGCCUUCGCUUUCCAAAGAGUCGAUUUCGAAUUUACACGUUCUUGUUGAGGGGUUUGAAAGGGCCGUGCCAACUUUGGAUCAGGUCGUCCAGCCAGCAGAGUACAAGGACCUUUUGCUAGUAAAUCUCACUAAUCGUUUGGACCCUGUGACCCACAGAGGAUGGGAAGAGUUUUCGUCCACAAACGGUAAGGAUUCCUUGAAAGAUUUGACGGAAUUUCUACAACGCAGGAUCCGUGUACUCGAGUCACUUCCAACGAAGGCCGCCGAAUCUAGGGGAGUUCAUUCGGUGCAGCCACAGUCUCAAAAGCAGAAGCAGUCGACGGUGAAAACUAGCUACAGCACAAUGCAGUCUUCAUCCGGAAAACGGUGCGUGGCGUGCAAGGAGAAUCAUUUUCUCUUCCAAUGCGCCGCAUUCCAGCGAAUGUCAGUGGUUGACAGGGAUGCACUGCUGAAAACCCACUCUUUAUGCAGGAGCUGCUUUAAAAUGGGUCAUAUGUCCAAGGAAUGCCAGUCUAAGUUCAAUUGUCGGAACUGUAAGGGUCGCCACCACACUCUGGUGUGUUUCAGGUCGGAGAAGGAUAGCUCUGCAAAGGUCGCAGCGGUUGCCAGGGGCAGCCAUCCUUCAAUUCCAAGGGAAUCCUCCGAGGCCAGCGAACCUUCCGGAUCGGGUUCGUCUCAGGUGGUUAACAUGACAGCCACCGACAUUUCGGUUUCUGGUGCGGCUCAACAGUAUUCUUCGCAAGUCUUGCUAGCAACAGCAGUCGUCGUCGUGGAAGAUGACGAAGGAGGACGGUUUCCUGCUCGGGCUCUGCUGGAUUCAGGUUCGGAAAGCAACUUCAUCACGGAGCGGCUUAGUCAACGGAUGAAGACCCACCGAGAAAAGGUAGACAUCUCGGUGCGUUGGAUUGGUCAGUCAGGGACCAAAGUCAGGCAAAAAAUCCAGGCGGUGGUUCGAUCGCGAGUUUCUCAAUUCUCGCAAUCUAUGAGCUUCCUUAUUCUACCUAGCGUAACGGUGAAUCUUCCAACUGCUACAAUCAAUACGGAUGGUUGGUCGAUACCUCCAGGGAUCAAACUGGCUGAUCCCGCCUUUUUCGAGUCUGGUAGAGUAGAUAUGGUGCUCGGUAUCGAGUCAUUCUUCGACUUUUUCGAAACCAGUCAAAGGAAAACCCUAGGAAACGAAUUGCCAACGCUCAACGAAUCGGUUUUUGGAUGGGUGGUGUGUGGAGGCUUAUCCAACUCAAGUCAGGAUCUGCGCAUCACUUGCAACGCUUCAGCAACAGAGAAUCUGGAGUCUCUGGUUGCCCGGUUCUGGUCCAGUGAAGAGGUUGGUCCGGUCAAGGUACUCUCUCCGGAGGAAAAACGAUGUGAGGACCUAUUCCAAAAUACAGUCCAAAGGAAUCCCGAAGGCAGAUAUACUGUCACACUCCCAAAGGAAGAAGACGCUGUUUCACGGCUGGGCGAGUCAAAGGAAAUCGCUAUCCGGCGUCUUCAAGGUACCGAGCGUAGAUUGGGCAGAAAUGCAAAUCUUCACAAAAGCUAUCACGACUUCUUGGAGGAAUAUGAGUCGAUGGGACAUAUGGUGAAGGUGGAAGGAGCAGCGUUAACAUCACAACGGCGUUGUUUCCUACCUCAUCAUCCUGUUUUCAAGGAGGACAGCACUACCACGAAGGUCAGAGUGGUGUUCGACGCUUCCUGUGCGACGUCAUCCGGCGUAUCCCUCAACAAUGUGUUACUGACAGGACCGGUAAUACAGGACGACUUGAGGUCAAUCAUCAUGCGGAGUCGUACCAAGCAGAUCAUGCUCGUUUCGGACGUCGAGAAGGUGUUCCGACAAAUCUGGGUGCAUCCGGAAGACAGACCUCUCCAAUGCAUCUUGUGGCGCUCUAAUCCUCAGGACGAGAUCAACGUGUACGAGCUCAAAACCGUUACGUACGGAACGAAACCGGCACCAUACCUAGCCACAAGGACCCUCAAACAGCUAGCGAUGGAUGAAGAGGCAACAUACCCCCUUGGUGCAGCUGCAGCGAAUUCGGUGGAACAGGCUUGCGAGCUUCGUAAACAACUAAGUGAAAUGACGGAACGAGGUGGAUUUAGGCUCAGGAAGUGGGCUUCCAAUUGCUCCAAGGCCUUGGAAGGACUUACUGAGGACAACCUAGCGAUCCGAGAGGUGGACGGAAUCAAUUUGGACCCGGAUCCGUCCGUGAAGACCCUCGGACUUACCUGGAUGCCGAGGAGUGAUCAGCUGAAGUUUAAGUUCGACAUUCCGGCGGUGCAACAAGAUCAACAAUUCACCAAACGGGAAGUACUAUCCAUAAUCGCGACGCUCUUCGACCCCCUAGGGCUGCUAGGAGCAACAAUCACAACUGCGAAGAUCGUGAUGCAGCUUCUCUGGAAAUUUCGAGACGAUGAUGACUAUGCGCUGGACUGGGACCAGCCGAUAUCUUCGAUGGUGGGUGAGGUUUGGAGGAGAUACCUCACACAACUUCCUCUGCUGAACGAAAUCAGGAUCGAUCGUUGUGUCGUCAUUCCCAACGCAGUUACCACGGAAAUCCAUUGCUUCUCGGACGCCUCUGAGAAGGCAUAUGGCUGCUGUAUUUAUUUGAGAAGUGUAGAUGCAGCAGGAAGGAUUAGGGUGCGGUUACUUUCGUCAAAAUCAAGAGUGGCCCCUCUAAAAUGCCUAACGAUUCCGCGUCUAGAACUUUGCGGCGCUGUACUAUCAGCGCAACUCUUCGAAAAGGUGCAAGAAUCUCUGAAAUUCCCGACGCAGUCAUAUUUCUGGACGGAUUCCACCUGCGUCCUGCGUUGGAUUCAGGCUGCACCGACAACAUGGACCACUUAUGUGGCCAACCGAGUGGCAAAAAUCCACACGCUCACCAAUUCGGAACAGUGGAGACACGUACCUGGCAAGGAGAAUCCAGCCGACUUGAUUUCCAGAGGUAUAAUGCCGAAAGACAUCAUCCAAAAUGAAUUCUGGUGGCGUGGACCGCAAUGGUUAGAAGGAGAUUCUGGACAAUGGCCAAACAAACCGGAAUCUUUUAAUGCGGUUGUAGCAGAUAAGGAGAAGCGGCGCACAGUCGUUGUUUGUACCAGCUCCCCUGCCGCAGAAUUCAACGAUUGGUAUCUAGGACGAUCCUCAUCGUAUAUCGAACUUGUCAGGCGGACGGCGUACUGGUUACGGUAUAUCAAACUUCUACGCACUCCGAAGGAACAGCGAAAUCCACUAAAGUUUUUGACGACAGUGGAGUUACGAGAAGCAGAGUUUACCGUAGUGCGGAUGGUGCAGAAGGAAUUCUUCGUAGAUGAAUGCAAGGCGCUGGCGAAAAGGGAAGCAGUUCAAAGAAAGUCACCACUGCGGUGGUUUAGUCCGUACAUAUCCGAGGACCAGGUCAUCCGUGUAGGAGGUAGACUACGCCAUUCAGAAGAAGCCGAGGAUACCAAACACCCCAUGGUUCUACCUGCCGGUCAUCACCUCACCAAGUUGAUCCUCCGCUACUACCACGAAAAACUGCUGCACGCUGGCCCGCAGUUGCUAUUGGCAGCAGUUCGUGAACGUUUUUGGCCGUUAGGAGGGAGAAACGUAGCUCGGAACGUGGUCCACCGGUGCAUGAAAUGCUUUCGGUCAAAACCGACGUCGAUUGAGCAGUUUAUGGGAGAACUGCCGGCGGCACGUGUCACUGUGUCUCGUCCCUUCUCGCAAACCGGUGUGGAUUACUGUGGGCCGUUUUACGUACGGCCUGCACCCAGGCGGCCGGCCGUCAAGAUGUACGUCGCUGUGUUCAUUUGUCUCUACACCAAGGCGGUGCAUCUGGAGCUUGUAUCCGACCUUACUACGGACAGGUUUAUCCAAGCUCUGCGUCGGUUUACGUCUCGGAGGGGCAAGGCCAAGGACAUGAUGUACUUCGACAAUGAAACCAACUUCGUUGGAGCAAGGAACAAACUUCGGGAUCUAUACGAGCUAGUAAGAAGUCAGGAGCACCAGGAAAGGAUUGUCAAACAUAGUUUGGAAAACGGUACGCAAUGGCACUUCAACCCACCGAGUGCUCCGCAUUUUGGGGGCCUUUGGGAAGCAGCAGUGCGUUCCCCUAAGGUUCACCUACUUAAGGUAGCAGGAGAAACAACACUGUCUCCGGAGGACUUCAACACGCUGCUCGUGCAGAUCGAGGGCACCGCAAGACUUCUGAAGGAUCAAGUUGAGAAGUUGGCCGUAACAUUCACGGCUACCGCUACCAAGUAG